AAUUUAAUACGCCCAGCGCAGCGGGCAAUUAGGAUAAAUUCCAAGUUUAUUUUCGAAAACAUCGAUCACGUCAUACAUAGUAGCGCCCACUAGCGAGCUUUUUUGUAAGCUAUCUGACGUUCAGUAGUAAACAGUGUUUCAGUUAUUUGGUUAUUUGCAAUCAGCUGAUUCCCAUUACUGAUUUAUCUUUCACCCGUUAGGAAAAAAGCGAAAGUUUUGUGAAUACAGUGGUUCAUGUUCGUGGGUUAUUGAUUAUAGAUAAACCACAAUGAGCCGUCCAGCUAUCUUGCAGCACGUCAGGCGAGCGCACUCAGCUACUUGGAAAAAGAACCCAAAUCUUGACAAAAUAAUCCGCGUAGACCACGCGGGCGAGCUCGGCGCGGACCGCAUCUACGCGGGGCAGAUGGCUGUCCUCGGCAACACGACCGAAGGACCCACCAUCAAGCACAUGUGGGAGCAGGAGGUCAAGCACCGCGAGCGCUUCGAACAGUUAAUAAACGAAUACAGAGUGCGGCCAACAGUGCUCACGCCGAUAUGGAACGUUGCUGGCUUCGUCCUUGGCGCAGGCACCGCCCUAAUGGGCAAGGAAGCCGCCAUGGCGUGCACCGUGGCCGUCGAGACCGUCAUAGUGGAACACUACAACGACCAGCUCCGGACCCUCAUGGAGGACCCGAACGUGGACCCCGAGAUCCUCGCCACCAUCACCAAGUUCCGUGAUGAGGAGCAGGAGCACCAUGAUACAGGGAUAGACCAUGGGGCGGAGCAGGCGCCCUUCUAUAAGGCCCUCACUGAGGUCAUAAAGGCCGGGUGUAAGGGGGCUAUCGCUAUUUCUAAGAGGAUUUAAGUUCCUGGAAUGUCGGUAUAUAUUAGUGUAAUAUAACAUCUUUACGAAAUGUUUUGUAGCACAUUUACGAAGUCUUUUUAUUCCGAAUUUACGACACAACUUUCUUGAACUUUCUUUGCAAUAAGUAGAUUGACCCUCAGUGGCGUGCCUAGGGUUUAGGAGUAAGGCAAGCCGAAAGAUAUGUUUUCGUAAUAAAUGUCCAAUCUCACUCUUUGGACUCAAAUGAAUUUGCUAGCGUAUCGCGGCGAGCUAUCAUAGCGCACAGCACAGGGCAUACUAGGUACUACCAUAACUACUAGAUAGAAUUUUACAAACAUAUCAGAGGCCCUACCGCGUACACUGAAAUUUGCAAAUUACAUGCUUCUUUCCCUGUCACUCUAAUUACGCCUUAAUUGGAGUAAACCACCAAUCCUUGUGUUUUGUAAACGGCCGUACAAAAUGUUCUUUUAAUGCGACUGACUUAUCUGAGAAUACACAAGUCGGGUGUUGGUUUUGGCGCGGAACAGUGGCGGGACUUCCAUACAAGCCCAAAAGCCGGGCUUGCCCUAAGGCAACUAAUUGCCUUACCGAAAUUACGUAGUGAUAAGAUCAAUAAAGAUUAU